AUGGAAAAGGGAAAAUACUAUAUCCCCCACCAUAGUGUAUUACGCCCUGAUUCUGCGACCACGCGACUCCGUGUCGUUUUUGAUGCGUCGGCCAAGGAUUUUAAUUCGCGCUCGCUAAACGAUACGCAACUUAUUGGCCCAAAACUGCAACCUAAUAUUCUCGAAAUACUUUUGCGCUUCCGCGAACAUAACAUCGUGUUCAUGGCUGACGUCCGUCAGAUGUACCGACAAAUUUUAAUUGCUCCGAAUCAUCGCGACUAUCAACGCAUAUUCUGGCGAGCUUCACCUCAUGAACCUCUCAAAGAGUAUCGCCUAAAUACCGUGACAUAUGGUGUAGCUUCUUCUCCUUUUCUCGCAUGUCGGUCGUUGCAACGACUUGCCGAAGACGAGGGAGAGUCCUAUCCAAUCGCAAAACGGAUACUAUUAUCGGACGUUUAUGUUGAUGACGUGGUUACAGGGUGCGCCUCGCUGGAGGACGCGCAACAAGCAAAAUCACAAAUUAUUGCCCUCUUCAAUCGAGGAUGUUUCCAACUAAGAAAAUGGGUCAGUAAUAAGUCAGAACUUUUGUCCGACCUUCCAGCAGAAGUCUGUUUAACCGGCACCGUCUAA